CUAUAACGAGUUUAUUCGGCUAAUUUCAUGACCAUGGACAGCGAAUUGAAAUAACUCUGACUCUUCAAUUUCGUCUUCUCUGACUAGAUAUCACUAGAGCAACCAUCGAUACCGCAAUGUCUGCGAACGAUACCUACCGAGCAUCCAGCCCAGAGCAUGAGCCAGAGCUCACUGCAGAAACUACUGCCGAGCAAAUUGCAGAGCUCAAGGAAUCUAUACCCCCUUCCUCUGCACCUAUCAUCGCGAUUGAUCUUGAUGACGUGUUGAGCUGUACCAAUGCUAUCGUAGCGCAAUGGCACAAUGAGACUUACGGUACCCAGAUGACCACCGAUGAUUUUUACUACUACUACUACUGGAAGAACCCAUUUUGGGGAACGCCUUACAUCACGCGCACGAAGGUCAGAGAAUUCUAUUCCAGCGGUCGGAUGGCGCAGGCACAUCCUGUACCUGGUGCACGCGAGGGCGUAGAGGCCUUGUGUGCGCUGGGCUAUCGCUUGAUCAUCGUCACGGCUAGAGGCAAAGAUUCCCACGCUGACAGCUGGGCUUGGGUCGAACGUUGGUUCCCUGGAUGCUUUGAUAGCAUGAUAUGCACUGGCCAGUUUGCGAAUGUUGGAAAGGAUGCGACAGAUGGUGGAGACACCUCGACGGGUGCAAGAAAGGACCAUGAGCUCGUGACGAAGUUGAGCAAAGCAGAGGUCUGUAUUGACAUCGGAGCUAAAUUACUAAUCGACGACUCGAUGGAAAAUGCGUUGGCUUGCGCCUAUCAUAUCCCGUUAGAUGGAGUAACAAAGCCUCCCCCGGUGCUCCUUUUCGGCUCAUAUGAGUGGAACAAGCGGCUAUCAACGGCUUCUGAUGAGUGCAACGAUAUGGUCUAUGAAGUUCGUCUGAAAAGAGAAGGGGGAAAGUUUUUAGAAGAGGAUGCGAAGCGAGGGGACGAAAUACUGGAGCAAGCGAACACACAUCUUUCGGUGCGCCGGGCUAGAGACUGGAGUGAAGUCGUGCGAUAUGUCACGGAAUUGAAGGGCAGCCGUUUGUAGCUUCAUGAACACUAGCUCAGCAUGAAGUACUAGAUUACAUAUAUGUCA